AUGGCUGCUAUUGCACAAGGCUCGAUAUUGCUCGUCGUCUUAAUAAUCGCCGCAGUCGAAGGCCGAGUCUUGAGGCUUUACUCAUCUGAUCACAAUCAUGAGCACUUAAUCUUGGAUGGAGUUGAUAGUCUAGCAAACCAAACACGUUAUAAUAAUAAUAAUGCUCUCUCAAUCCCGAGCACCACGUGUGACCACCAAUAUGGCUUCUUGCCGUGCGCGGAAAAUGCGGCCGGUUUUGUUUUCCAGAUAAUGGUAUAUCAGGGCCUUCUGAUAUUCGGAGAAAAGCAAAUCGGCAGCGGGAGUAAAGUGCUGUUCAAUAUAAUGGGAGUCGUAUCUGGAGUUUUCAGCAGCAAGGAGAAUGCACAGUCCCAAGUCUCGGUUGGAAUCGGCAUUUACGCCGGAAUUACAGUCUUCAGCCUCACGGUCCACUGGGGCAUAUGCGUAAUAUUCGGAAGAAAAGGUCUGAAAGACAACAACAAAUCAAAUGAGAAUGCUCAAACCUCAAUCAGCUCAAACUGCUUGCCUGCAAAAGAAAAACUCAUUAUCCUCAAAGAUACUGGUGUCGAAAUCGAUCAACACACUCGUUACACAGCUGGCAUAAUGUUGCUGUCUUUGAUUCCUUACAUCAUAGUCCAGCUGGAAGAUUUUAUUCUCACCUCGUCUGGAGAUCGCAUCGUAACUUUGAUAGCACUGACCGUGUCCGCCUUGUCAUUGUUCUCGUAUUUCGCCUAUCAGGUUCUGUAUCCAUGGAUGCAGCAAAGGAGUUUAGAUUACUCAAAGUACGAAAUUCUGCGUACCGGGUUUUUAAAGCACGUGCAGCGCCAGGGGAAGCUCGUCACCGAGGAUGGCAAACUCAAUAUCUCUCUCAUCCAAAAGCUAUUUGACGAUGUGGAUAAAGACAACAACCAGCGGAUUGGGAAGGCCGAACUCGAGAGCUUGGUGCUCGACAUCAUCAAGACGGGUAAAGUCACGAUCGACGAGGAAUUCGCGCUCUCCCAAGUGAUGGAAACGUUCGAUUUUGACGCUGAUGAUAGCAUUAACAUUGAUGAAUUCACCCAAGGGUGCAAAAAGUGGAUAGAAGAAAACAAGAAACCGUCCGGUGGAAGUAGUACUGACUCAACCUCGGGAAGUGUUUUUCACGAGCUGUUUGAGCUAUUCAAGGAAAGAAAACACGACGAUGCACAGAAAACGAUUUUGUGGCAACAAGCAGUGCACAACAAGUGGGCUCUUUUCAAGUCUAUAUUCCAACUCUUGCUGGGGAUUGUUAUGUUGACCUUUUUGGGAGGGCCUUUAAUGGGUAGCAUAUUGCAGUUAUCAUAUGCCAUGGGAUUCCCAUCUUUCAGUAUAUCGUUCGUGAUUGUACCGUUUGCCAUGAAUGCACGAGCUGUAUUAGCAGCUAUUUUCCCGGCCAGCCAAAAGAGUACACUAACUGCUUCUUUGACAUUCUCAGAGAUAUACGGUGGAGUCAUUAUGAACAACAUAGCAGGACUUACGACAUUGUUGGCAAUUGUGUACGCGAAAGACUUGACAUGGGAUUUUUCAGCCGAAGUUUUGACGAUUUUGGUCGUGUGUGCGAUUGUAGGCAUGCUGGCUUACUCGAGCACCACUUAUCCUCUGUGGACUUGCAUAUUAGCAUUCUUUCUGUAUCCUUUUUCAUUGGGAAUGUUUUACUUCGUCCAGGUUUUCUUGAGUUGGAACUGA